AUGGCGUGCCCAGUGUUUGCAGAAGUUGCGGCAUUCCUUUCCAAGCACACUCUUCUUGUUUGGGGAGCCACCUGUCGACAGAGCCUGCGAGAGACCUUUGAGGCUUCGGGAGACGCCUGGGUCUCCGUGGACCUGGCCUCUUGGUGCCCCAUAUGCGAUGGGAGUUACGAGAGGGGCGAUGCAGACUUAAAGGAGGCCUUGGGACGCAUCCCACCAGGCCGACUUCGAUUCCUCAAGAUGCAAGGUUCCUUCACUGACAGCGGCCUGGCGUCGGUUCUGGAAAAGCAUUCCGGGCUCCUGGAGCUUUCCUUGGAUGCGGAGCCGGCCGGGCAGCGGAGGCCCCAGAAACG